CCACUACUUAGAUCUCUUAUAACAGGAGAACAGACUACUCCAGCGACACGUGGGUAUUAAAUCCGAGUGAUCCGAGUGAGCUUCACCGCCGUACAAGGAUGUAUUUAUGGGUCCGGAUAUACGUGCAUAACCAAUAAGCUAUUAAUAAGUCGUGACUUCGGAUAAAAGGGUCAUGCACAAAGCUUUCCUGUCUUAACGCCAGUGCAAUAUCUUCCUCGCAUCUCAGUUGAAGCUCGUUGCUUGUAUUCUUCAGUUGCUGCCACAUAUAACACCUAUCAGGAUGGCUCAAGUCCAAGGCCACUGCGAAGACCGUUUUGUCAAGCUCCGCGACUUGAUGCAAGAAUUCAUCGCGUCCGGACAAGACAUCGGGGCGAGUCUCUGCGUGAAUAUCGACGGCGACAAUGUGGUGGACUUAUGGGGCGGCUACGCCGACGCAUCAACCAAGAAACCAUGGACAAGGGAUACUGUGGUGAACGUCUUCUCGACCUCGAAACUAGUCACCAACCUCGCAGCUCUGAUGCUGAUCUCGCGUGGUCUCCUCCAUCCCGAUGACAAGGUCGCCCAGCACUGGCCUAAGUUUGCAGCGAAGGGGAAGUCCGAGAUCACGGUCGGCCAAGUGUUGGCUCACACAGCAGGUCUCUGCGCGUGGCAGGAUGAUAUGACGCUAGAGGAUAUAUGCGACGUCCAGUCGGCAACCGACAAGCUGGCGAUCCAAGCACCGCUAUGGGCUCCUGGAACCGCAAUGGGAUACCACGGUUUGACGCAAGGUUUCCUCAUCGGGGAACUGGUACGAAGGAAGACGGGCAUGUCCAUCGACAAGUUCAUAACGGAAGAGAUUUACCGGCCGCUGGGCGAGGAAGCGGACUUCCAGCUCGGGUGUUGCAAGGAGGACUGGAACCGAAUUGCCCCCGUCAUACCUCCACCGGGGCUUUCGAUCCAAGAGGCGCUCAGCAAGGCGGGGUUCGAGCAAGACUCAAUCAUCGUGCGCACGUUGUGUAACCCUUCGUUCGUUGCCGAGGACGCCAACACUGCGCUCUGGCGGUCCUGCGCGUUAGGUUCAGUCAACGGCCACACAAACGCUAGGGCACUAGUCAAGAUCCUCUCCUGCUUCUCGCUCGGCGGCACAUGCGCUGGAGGCGGCCAUCGCUUGCUGUCAGCUGAGACGGUGAAGCUGGCGCUUACGGAGCAUGCCAUUGGGACAGAUUUAGUGACAAUGCGGAGCGGGAGGCGCGGACUUGGAAUCUACCUCACCGGACCUGGGUCUGGAAUCGUCGAGGGCAAGCUGCCGGCGGGCAAUGUUGGGUGGGGUAGUGGAUGGGGCGGUUCGAUCGUCGUUAUUGAUAGCGAUAGGAGGCUCACAAUCGCGUAUGCCAUGAACAGAAUGCUAAGUGAAGAGCAUCCUUCCCCGGCAGCGUUUAUUAAGGCGAUUUAUGAGAUACUUGGAGUUACCAUAGCUGCCUGAAGCUAUGUGUUGCAUAAUAGGGCAUGAGAAGGUUUAUUUACAUAAGGUCUUAUUAAAUCACCAUGGAGUCUAUUGCAUUACAAAGGGGAAGUGCAAGAGCCCAGCAGUUUAACCCCAAAGUGUUUCUUCCAAAAUUGGCGAUUAGACAUGCUCCGGAGACUAUCACUAAGCUUGAUCAAGUUAUAAGGGAAUGCUUUCUCAACCAAUCGGUUCCGAUUUUCAGCUGGCUGAAGAACAUUGAACAUCGUGGACAAGGCGAUAUUGUUUCACCAGUCGCAGAGCCUCAAACUCUAACAGGGCUUCGUGAGAGCCACAGAGAUUCCUCUGCCGAUCACGGCCUAACGACCACUGAG